GAAGCCGCAGUGCAGCCAUGGCCUUCAAGGACACAGGCAAGACGCCGGUGGAGCCCGAGGUGGCCAUCCACCGCAUCCGCAUCACCCUCACCAGCCUCAAUGUGAAGUCACUGGGGAAGGUGUGCGCCGACCUCAUCCGCAGCGCCAAGGAGAAGAACCUGAAGGUGAAAGGCCCGGUGCGGAUGCCCACCAAGACGCUGUGCAUCACCACCUGGAAGACGCCAUGCGGCGAAGGCUCCAAAACCUGGGACCGCUUCCAGAUGCGCAUCCACAAGUGCCUCAUUGACCUGUCCCACUGCUGGGUCCUGGACCCUCCACCAGCCUUCCCGCAAGGCUGGCUGGGCUGGUGCGUGGCGACACAGCCAGAGGUGGGGCACACUGCUGACAUCUCCAUGAUGUCCAGAGAAGAGACAGCUGCUGUCCUCGGCCAGUGA